AUGGAUCCCAGUUUCUUCUAUACCAUCUUAUUGUCCUUAUGUUUCUUUACUUUCCCUGCUUAUUCAAUUCACUUCCAAAUUCCAAAUUUUAAUCCAAAUGAAGUCAACAUAAUCUACCAAGGUUCUGCAGCACCAGUUGAUGGAGAAGUUAACUUUAACAUCAAUGAAAAUUAUUCAUGUCAAGUUGGAUGGGCCAUCUAUCCCAAAAAGAUCUUACUUUGGGACUCAAAAACUGGUCAACUCACUGACUUCACAACUCAUUACACUUUUAUCAUAGACACUCAAAAUAGAUCUCCAUAUGGCCAUGGACUUGCGUUUUUCUUGGUUCCUUUUGGAUUUGAAAUCCCACCUAAUUCUUCUGGUGGAUUCAUGGGUCUAUUUAACACCACAACAAUGCUUUCAUCAUCUAGUAACCAAAUUGUUCUUGUGGAGUUUGAUUCUUACCCAAAUAAAGAAUUGGGUGAGACAACACAACAUGUUGGAAUCAACAAUAAUUCAAUCGUUUCAUCAGUAUCAACACCUUGGAAUGCUAGUUUACAUAGUGGAGACACUGCUGAGGUAAGUAUUAGCUACAAUUCUACAACCAAGAACUUGACUGUAUCUUGGAGAUACAAAAGCACCUCUAAUCCUCAAGAAAAAACUAGUCUUUCAUAUCAAAUUGAUUUAAUGAAGGUCCUACCUGAAUGGAUUACUGUUGGAUUCUCAGCUGCAACAGGCACUAUUGCAGAAGUAAAUAAUCUUUUGUCAUGGGAGUUUAACUCCACUUUGGACAAAAGUGAUGAUGGUAAUACAAAAGAGACAAGAUUAAUUGUGAUAGUAACAAUCUCUUGUGGGGUUGUAAUAGUAGUGGGAGCAUUGGUAGCAUAUGUAGUGCUCAAGAGGAAAAGAAAGAGAAGUGAAAAGCAAAAAGAAGAGGCUAUGCAUUUAAAUUCAAUGAAUGAUGACCUUGAAAGAGGAGCAGGACCAAGGAGGUUCAACUACAAAGAGCUUGAUAUUGCCACCAAUAAUUUCUCUAGAGAUAGAAAGUUGGGUCAAGGUGGGUUUGGAGCUGUUUAUAAAGGUUACUUUGUUGAUUUAGAUAUACAAGUUGCUGUGAAGAAAAUAUCGAGAGGGUCAAGACAAGGUAAGAAAGAGUAUGUUACUGAAGUUAAAGUGAUUAGUCAGCUGAGACAUAGGAAUCUUGUGAAGUUGUUGGGUUGGUGCCAUGACAAAGGUGAGUUUCUUCUUGUUUAUGAGUUCAUGCCAAAUGGUAGUCUUGAUUCUCAUUUAUUUGGUAAGAGAACACCUCUUUCUUGGAGUGCAAGGCACAAAAUAGCUCUUGGAUUGGCUUCUGGUUUGCUUUAUCUACAUGAAGAAUGGGAGAGGUGUGUGGUACAUAGAGAUAUUAAAUCAAGUAAUGUUAUGUUAGAUUCUAGUUUCAAUGUUAAGCUUGGUGAUUUUGGGUUGGCUAAAUUGAUGGAUCAUGAACUUGGGCCUCAAACAACCGGUUUAGCCGGAACAUUUGGCUAUCUAGCUCCAGAGUAUGUGAGUACAGGUAGGGCUAGUAAAGAGUCAGAUGUGUAUAGUUUCGGGAUAGUUGUGAUGGAGAUAACUUGUGGAAAGAAAGCUACUGAAGUUAUAAAGGAAAAAAAUGAAGAAAAGGGAAUGAUUGAGUGGGUUUGGGAUCAUUAUGGAAGAGGAGAGCUACUUAUGGCAAUGGAUGAGAAUUUGAGAAAGGAUUUUGAUGAGAAACAAGUGGAGUGUUUGAUGAUUGUUGGAUUAUGGUGUGCUCAUCCUGAUGUGAAUCUAAGACCAUCCAUUAGACAAGCAAUUCAAGUGCUUAAUUUUGAGGUUGCUUUGCCAAAUCUUCCACCAAAAAGACCUGUUGCAACCUAUCAUGCUCCUACACCAUCACUAAGCUCUGUUGAAGCUACUAUAACCACAAGCCUUCAAGAUGGUCGUUAA